UCCUUUUUUUUUUUUAUCUAAAAUGGGAUUUUAUGAUAACAACCUGUUUUCCCGCGGGUUCGGAAUAGGGAGUGGGGGAGACGGGAGAAAUAGAAGACAAGCAAUUAAUUACUGAAUUUGAAUUUUUGAGUUUUUGACUUUGAAAUUUGCAUUUGCAUUUGCAUUUUGCAUUUUGCAUUUCCAGUUGCCGGAUGCCCUCCUCCCCCCUCAUUCACCCCACCUUUAUUCCAUGCAUUUUCUCAGCCUUUCGGUGCUGCUACGUCCGCCGUCUCCCCCUCCUCCCCUGCGGCCACCCAUACCAUUGCCCAUUCCAGUCCUUCUCUUUUAAUUAGCCAUCCUUGUUUUUGUACGUUGUUCGUUGCCGUUUGCUGCCCGCGCGCCCCUGCGUGCGUGCGUGCGUGCGUGCGAGGGGAGAAGUCCCUUCCCCACCUCACCCCAGGGGCGACGGACAAAAAUCGAUGUUCUUCAUUGCUCCUCUCUCUUUCUUGGAUCCUGCGACCUUCGAUCUCACCACCAUCUCCUUCAUCGUCAUUAUCCUCCUCCUCUCUCUCCUCUCCCUCUCCUUCAUCUUCCACCUCCAUCUCAAGUCCCGCACCUCCCACCAUCUCCAGCGUUUCAAUUCUCUCUGGACCGUCCGUUUCCUCCUCGUCGCCUUCAUUGCAUCAUGGGCCCUCAACGAGCUCCUCCGCCUCUCCUUCUUCCGCCGCCGCUAUCUCUACCCCUUCCUCCCCUCCCUCACCUCCCUCCACCAAUCCACCCUCUGCCAACUCCAUGCCCUCUUCUCCCUCGGCCUUUUCCAGCCCUGUUUUCUCAUUACCCUUCUCUACCUCAUCAAUGCGUCCGCCAAGAACAGGACCCCUCACGACUAUGGACCUAUUGCCUUCCUUCUCCUCGUCUCCAUGCCCAUUUUCUUCCUCCACCUUUUCAUCGUCUUUUACACCCCCUUCAAGGACGAACUGCCCCCCGCCUUCAAUCAGAGCUAUCUCGUUAUACAGGACGGUUUUGACAAUGCCACCGUCUUGUGCGCCUACCCACUCUUGAGUUCCAUUGCCUUCUCUGGCUUCGGGAUCGGCUACAUGCUCUGUUUCUUGUUCUCUUGCUGGAAAGUCGCCUCCAUGGUCAUCAACAAGUCGCUCAGGAUUCGAGUUUACGCCCUCGCUUUCACCAUCAUCAUUUCCUUGCCCUCGCAGGUUAUAUUUCUCGGCCUCUCGGGCCUCUGGAGGCCAGACGAGCCGGCUUACUCGGUGGCUGCGUUGGUUGUGUUUUUAUGUACGUUUCUAUGCGCCGCAGCGGGGGAGGUCAUUCUGGUCAUUGUACCAAUCGCCGAUUCCUUGGCCGCCGGCGGGGUCUCUCGGUGGACCGGAGAGCCCUUGAAGAUGUUGGGAGACGGUUGAUAAUUUUGACAAAGAGUAGGAAGGAUGACAAGAUCUGGUGGCAACAUGGGUAGGAGGGGAAAUAUGGUCUGCCCAGCCUCGGCCCACGGCGGCGGUGCGGCGGUUCAAUUCACAGGAGAAACUGGGGAGAAGAAUAUGAUAUGUAAAGGCUCAGACUAACUUGUUUUCUUCUGGAUUGUUUGAAGUCUUUAAAUAGAAAG